GAUUUCUAGAUUCACAAACUCAGCAAUUUAUUCCUACCUAUUUCAAACACAUUUCAUUUCCGUUUGUCUUGCCAUACCAUAGUUCUUGAUCGCAACAUAACAAAAUGUCAGUCGACGGACAAUCGCCACGAAGAGGCUCUAUAUCCUCAGCAAAUACACCAAUCCUUCCGCCAGCAUCAGCAUUUGCGCAAAAGCGCGCUUUAGAAGAUGAUCAUCAACCUGCAGUAUCAUCACCUCUCAAUCCAGAAUUCAAAGUUCAAAAGACUGGAGAUGAAACACCAGGUGGCAUUCGCGAACGAGCUUCAAGGGCUAAAAAGGAAUCGUUGAAGAAGAGAGAAUCGAAGGCAGGAUCGCUUGCGCCAGAAGGAAGUGCAAGAGCUACUCCAGAUCCAAGAUCAAGCUCUUCCAGCAAGAAGAAAGCCGUAAUCAAUUGUGUUACUCCUCUACGAUACAAGAUACCUCCACCGAAACUACCGGAUUUCGAAGCUCCUCGUGGGCCGACUCUCGUUCCUUCGCAUACCAAAACCACUCCAGAUGGUACUGAGAUUCAAUUCCAUGAGACUACUGAUCACGUAUAUAACAAGAAGAACUUUCGAUAUACCCGUGGCAUAGCAGAUCCAGCCUUUCCUUCCAUUCUUUACUACCGACAAACCGAAACGGAACCUUUUGGUGCUCGACUAAGUUUUGAAGACUCGGCCCCCCAUAUGAUGAUGGAUGAAUCGGCGAGACACAUUACAACAGAUAAGGGCUUUAGAAUGGCGAAGGCCAAUGUAGGAAUAAGGGAAGGUCGUUGGUAUUGGGAAUGUAAGAUCACAAGUGGUGUGCCGAGGCCUAAAGCAGGAGAGCCAGCGCAAGAGUCGCAUGGGCACGUUCGAAUGGGGUUCGCAAGAAGAGAAGCAGCCCAAGAUGCACCAGUUGGGUUCGAUGCUUAUAGUUAUGGUAUCCGGGAUGUAGCUGGGCAAAAAGUAUGGAUGUCUCGACCCAAGGACUUCUUCCCUGCAGGAGAAUCUAUCUAUGAAGGAGAUGUUAUUGGGCUAGAGAUCAAUCUUCCUUCCGAAAAAUUACAUCGAAAAGUCGUCGAAGGAAAUUACAACCCAGCAGUCGAUCUCACUGAUGAAGAUGACGGCGGAAUGGAACGAGCAGAUAUGAUACGAGAUCGAGUACCUAUUCGAUUCAAAACUCACCUCUACUUUGAACAAAUCGAAUAUUCCACAUGCAAGGAGCUAGAAGAACUCAUGAACCCAUCGCCAGUCAUAUCAUCAACUGGGGGUGUCGCGUCUGCAAUUCAAGAUCCCGGACCAACUCAUCCUGUACCAGCUCUCCGCACUCUUCCACACUCAUCUAUUAAAGUCUACAAAAAUGGAAAGCUAAUCGGAACACCAUUUACGGAUCUCCUAUCCUUCCUCCCACACGCCUCGAAACCACAACCUCAAGUUGGAGCCAGAGAAGGUCUUGAUGAUGGGAUGCUUGGUUAUUUUCCCGCCGUAUCAGUCUUUCGGGGUGGUGCAGCAGAAGUCAAUUUCGGUCCUCAAUGGUGGUAUCCUCCAUCAGGUUUGAGCACAGAGGAUGGUGAUGUGGAUAUGGUCAAUGAUGAAUCAUCUCUACCCAAACUUAGAGCAGCGAGCGAUCGAUACGAUGAGCAAAUCGUAGAAGACAUUCUUUAUGAUAUUGUUGACGAAGUUGAUUUCUGGAUUAGAGAUGGAGGGGAUAGUGGGAAGGGUAAAAAGAGGGAUUUACAGUUCGCCAACGGAGGAGCGGCAAAUGGCGGGGGACUGGGAGGUGGAGAUGCAGGUGGAGAGAUUAAGGAAUUGGUGCAGGAUGAUGAAUAGGUUGAUGGAGAACCUUGUGCAGCAACCUGCUUUUGAGAUAAUGUGUGCAAGGUGGAAUAGGAUGGUUAUUUUUUAAGGACACAGGUUUAAAAACGGGCGCGGACACGGACAUAAGUGGCGUUUUGGUGCGUGCUAUGUAAUUGAAAUAGGAGUGUUAAUUUGCUGGGCAUACAUUUUUUUAGAUGGUGGUUGGUAGCUGUGCAAAAGGAGCUGAUAUAUAUUGUCAGGAAAUGGGAGAGGGCAUAAUGAUGGGGCAACAGAGAGAUAUAAUACCAAAUUAUGAGUUGCUAAAGAAGCAGCGGAAUCAAACCUAUUUAACUAUGGUUACUCUACAUAAUUAUUAUAGUUACAAGAGCAUUUUGGGGGGGUUUUCGGGCAUAGGUGAUGGCAUAGGUGAUGGUAUAGGUUUAAUAUGAUUAUGACUCCGUCCGUAGAUGUCUGUUCAAAACCCCUUUGAAUAUAUAGAUAUAGGAAUAGGAUAGACAAGUUCAUCGCGGAAUUGUUACCUCUGCUGCCA